UCCGAACCAAUCAGAAAUGUUGUUCAAAAUACAUAAAUGAAAUCUCAUUCCAUAUUUCUUUCACUUUUCAUAAUUUAUAUUUCAUUAUGUAAAAUGAUAAUCGUUAUGACAGAGCAUUGAAAAAACUACCACACACAUACGCGCACACACACCACACACUAUGGAUAAUUCAAAUAAUUCAGAAAAAUAUCAAACCAUUUCAACAUCUAAUCAUCAAAAAGCGAAACGUUUAAAAAUAUUACAAGAACUUGAAGAUCGUAAACUUCAAUUAAAUCAUAAUCGAUUGUCAAAAGAACAAAAUAAAAUUUGUAAACAACUUGAUUUUCAACGUUCACAAUUUACUCGAAGAUUUUCUGAAUCAAAUUUUAAUUUAUCUAAUGAAGAAUUAUCACCGAAAUUAUCAAAAAAAAUUGAAAAUGUAACAUUUGAUUCAAAGAAAUUAAAACAACUUAAACAUCAACAUUCAUUACUAACUGAUGAGAAUUUAAAGUCUUAUUGUCGUUUAUAUUCACAUGAUGAUAAUAAUAAUCAUGAUGACGAUAUUGGAAAAACGAGUACAAAUCAACCAUUUUGGUUACGAUUACGUUCUUUAGGUGUUCCAUCAGAUGAAGAUACAUUGUUAGCUGCAUUAACUUGUAAAAAUAUGAAUAUUGAUGAGAAAUCGGCACCGGAUGUUGAUGAUGCUGAAGAUGAUGUAUUUGAAUCGGUUUCUAAACCCUCGAUUGUAAAUCGUCAUUCAACAGGAAGAAUGUCAAGAAAUUUACUAAAACAACGUUCAACUAGUCUAACAGGAGCUGAUGAAACAUUUGAAAAUUUAUUAAAUAACAAUAACAAUAAUAAUAUUAGUAGUGAAACUAAUAAUGAAAAACGAAUUAAACGUUCAUUAAGUUUAGAAGAUAAAAAACCUGAUUGGUUAUUAGCAUUAAAUCGAAUGAAACGUGAGAAAUUAUCUCGUCUUAAUUCAAAUGCACAAGAAGAAAUAACAGCAUUAGUAAGCGGUAAUAAAUUCUAUGGUACUAAACGACCGAAUGUACUCACUGUGAAAUAUCAGUCACGUAAAGAUCGUCUUAUGAAAUCACAUAGACAUACUGUUGUUGGCAUAACACAUGAAUUUGCACCAAUAUAACAUAUAUAUCAUACAUACUGAGAGAGAGAGAGAGGAAAGAGAUAGUCAGUGUUUUCAAUGGAUUCAUGUUUCACUAAAUACAUUUGAUUGUUUUCUUGUAAUAUUUACAUUUCAUGAAUUGUAGCAAGUUUCUUCUGUUAAACAUACAUAUAUUUGCCCCAAUUUUCAUUUUAUUCAAUGGAAUCUAACAUAUAUAUACAUAUACAUAUAU